AUGCAUCUAAGGGUUGUUGAAGAUAAUGAAGAGGCAUUAGAUCAAAGCUUGAACCUCAAGAAAGCAACAAUGUUCUUCAGCUUUAAUACUAAACUGUCCACCAGACUGAGCAUAAAGAAUGUGGUUGGGGUGUCUAUCUGUGGCAAUUAUGAGAGAUAUCUUGGACUACCUGCAAUGGUUAGGAGAUCCAAGUUUAACAUAUUUAUAUCUCUAAAGGAAAGGGUGUGGGCUAAGAUAAGUAACUGGAAUAAUUCUUUUUUGUCUCAAGCUGGGGUCUGGAUCAGUUGUAGUAGGGAAGAUAAAUGGGAAAUGCUUGAUAUCUUUUGGGUUAAGGCUAAUUGGGAUGCAUCUGUGAAUGCUUCUCUUAAGAAAGUGGAUAUUGGGGUGGUUCUAAGGGAUGAUGAAGGGGAGGUUUUGGCUUCCUUGUGUUUUGUGGUGGACUACUUGCAAAAUCCUUCAAUUGGGGAAGCUUCAGAAUUGAGAAGGGCUAUUUUGCUUUGUGGUGAGCUUGUUUUCUUAAAGAUUGUACUAGAAGGGGACUCACAAGUUAUAGUCAAGGCUGCCAAUAGUAGUGAAUCUCUCUUUGCAGAUUAUGGGAAUGUGGUGGAUGAGGUGAGAGGUCUACUAAAAACCAGAGUGGAUUGA